ACCACCUCCCUCCUCUCCCUUGGCAGGCUGAGCACCAGCAGCCUCCUCUCCCUUGGCAGGCUGAGCACCAGCAGCCUCCUCCCAUGGCGACCAUCACCUGCCACCUCCCCCCUCUGCUCCCUGGCCCCGCCUCCGGGCACCAUCGCCACCUCAAGCCCUCCCCGCCCCCCUUCAAUCGGCACCUCCGCGCCCCGCCUCCGACUCGUCUCCUCCGCGCCGCCCGCCGCCGCCAUCCCGACGCCGUCGUCGUCGUCCCAGACGCCCGCCCCUGGGUCGGCGACCUGUCAGGAGCCGCCUCCUACCGGGACGGGAGGGAGGAAGAUGGAGACGAGGAGGACGAUGCGGACGAAGACGACGACGACCGCAGCCUGGACCUCCUGGCCCGGUUCCUCCACUCGGUGUUCAGGAAGGCCUCCCGCCGCGCGCGCCGCGCCGCCAGGUCCGUGCUGCCGCCCUCCGUCCCCGCUGAGCUGGUGAAGUUCUCGGUCAAUGGUGUGCUGGUUCUCACCUUCUUGUGGAUCCUCAAGGGGCUUCUUGAGCUUUUGGAAGGUACCCGGCUACCCGCUCACCGCAUUUAUUGGGCAAGCUAAAUGGUUCCACGUAAUGUACUUGCCAUGUGGUUUGCACAUUUGGAAGCAUGGUGUUUAUAAGCAUUCUUCUUGUUCGAGGGAUAUGGUCUGGAGUAACUUACAUCAGAGAAAACCGAUACAGCUAUAUUCAACAGCUCAAGGACGACGACAGCCGGUGGAGCAGAGUACAGCCUGCUGGUUGAUCGUUUGCUUUCCUUGCUGGCAACAUACUCUGAUUCAAAGGGCCCAUGAAUAAUCCAGGGCCACUGUUGAGAUAGCAUGGAUGCUCCCAGCUGUGCACAAAAUGCUGAUGUUUGUUGUUGCUAUAUAAAUUGCUGCUGGAGAAUCGAAGGAACCCCCCUGUAGUCUAUUCAAAUAAGUGGUUCUCUUCAACAUGAUGGUGAAAAAUGUUACCGGCGAUUGAUUGGGUUUUACAUCUGGCCUGGCCCCAUACUUGCCGAGCCGAUGUUGAAAGACUCGUGUUUGUUGUAGUAUGAAAGGUGGUGCGAAAUACCUAUGGUCAGUACAGUGUAAUUCUGUUUCAUUUUGAUGUAUGGAGUGGUCCUGAAUAUGCAAAGCUAGUAUUUUCUCCUGUGAUGCCAUGAACUAGCUUCUGCAGUGGAUUUGAAAAUCUUGCCAGGCAACUGUCUUUUGAUCUCGAA